UGGGGGUGAGACGCGUGCUGCUUCUCCCUCAGCGCCGGUGCCUUUUAAUCCACCGUCGUCCAGAGCCACCCGCUGCUACGUGUUGGCCGGUUCCCGGAGCCGGCCUCGGCGAGGGAGCGGCCCCAGCCGGGCGCGGCGCGUACGACUCGCCGAGGGCCGAAAACUGGUUACCAGCUGCUCCGCUUUGGAACGGCUCUGCGGUCGCGUUUCAUCCUCCCGAAAAUGGCAUCCGUACAGGCAGCACACAUCAGCGCUGGUUCCUUGCUCGCUCCCUCUUCAGGAUGUCCGGUAACGCCCAGUGCUUCGCCCACAUGGAACAGAGGGCCGCCGAGGCCGACCGCCUCAUAGAGCACCUCAAACAGCAGGUCCAGCUCCUCAAGGAGAAAGCCAUGGUUCACGCCACCCAGAGGGAGGAGAAGAAGCUCCUGGUGGAGAAUGCCAAGCUGAAGCAGGACAUCGAGGAGCUGAAGCAACAGCUCCUGGAGAAGGAGAGGCAAAGAGGAGCGAUCCAGGUGGCCAUGCCUUCAGAGGAACCCCCAGCACAAGCCGUCAAAUCCACACCAAGAGGGACGGCCCCCGCAGAGUCGACCGUCUCAGCAGCGCCCAAGGCUGCCGACGCCCCCCAAAAGGACACGCCCCCCAAGGAGAACGAGGCCAAGAAGAAAAAAGAGAAAAAUGCUGAGAAGAAGGAGAAGAAACAGGCCACGGCACCACCGGAACCCGAGGCCGCGGUGGACGUGUCCCGCCUCGACUUGCGCAUCGGGAGAAUCAUCAGUGCCGAGAAGCACCCAGACGCAGACUCCCUGUACGUGGAGCAGGUGGAUGUGGGCGAGGCCACACCCAGGACUGUGGUCAGCGGGCUGGUGAAGCACGUGCCCCUGGAGCAGAUGCAGAACCGAAUGGCGGUUCUCCUGUGCAACCUGAAGCCGGCCAAGAUGAGAGGCGUGGUGUCCCAGGCCAUGGUGAUGUGCGCCAGCACGCCGGACAAAGUGGAGAUCCUGGACCCUCCUCCUGGCGCGGCACCUGGAGACAGGGUCACCGUCCAAGGCUUCCCCGGUGAGCCAGACAAGGAGCUGAACCCCAAGAAGAAGGUUUGGGAGCAGGUGCAGCCUGACCUUCGAACUAAUGACCAGCGCGUGGCCACCUACAAGGGCGUUGCCUUUGAGGUUGCCGGCAAAGGGGUGUGCAAGGCCCAGACGAUGACCAACAGUGGAAUCAAGUAGACCAGCUGUAUGUCCAAUAGGAAGCACAGAAGACACAGAAGAAAUAUUGAAGGCACAAUGAUUCGAGGAUGAUGAUGAUGAUGAUGAACUGUAGCUGAUGUUUAAUAAAUUUUUGCAGAUCUGAAAUCUGAGACCUUUGAAAACAGCUCACAGUUUUGUUCAAGAGUUUUGUGGGAUAGCAGUGCAUAAUUGGUGUAUAGCUUAAUCCCAUAGAAACAUUUGAUUAAUUAUUUGCACACCAGAGAAUAUAAAAAACAUGCUUGAACAUCCACAUUUAAUUAAAAUGAGCUCAACGAA